AUGGCGACAACCAAACGACCACCAGAGGGUGCCAUUCUCCCCAAUUAUAAGAUGGUUGUAAUAGGAGAAGGCGGAGUGGGGAAGUCAUCCCUGACUAUCCAGUUCUUCCAGGUACUCUUUAAAUCAUUUACUUAUUAUUUUUAUGAAUAUCGCUGAAGUAAUAUUAUUUUCAGAAACAAUUCUUGGACUACUAUGACCCAACCAUAGAGGACCAAUAUAUUCAGCAUUGUGAAGUGGAUGGACAAUGGGUUAUGUUGGAUGGUGAGUCCAUCCAAAUAAUCAAUGGCGUCGCGACUCUUGCGGGCAACCACUUUAAGCAAACGUUGGCCGAUUAGCCCGCAAAAUCUCCAUGAUUCUUCUAGCUCCCUUCAAAGUGGUUGCCCGCAAAAGUGCGGGCCCGCCUAAUAAAUAAAUGUCAUUGCGCAAUUACAGUGCUCGACACUGCCGGACAAGAGGAGUUCUCGGCAAUGAGAGAGCAAUACAUGAGGAAUGGCCGAGGAUUUAUGUUGGUUUACUCAGUAACUGACGAACAGAGCUUUGAGAACGCCCGCAAAUUGUAUCAUCAGGUGUUGAGGGUGAAGGAUAAAACCGAAUAUCCAGUAUUACUGGUCGCGAACAAGGUGGAUCUGAUCAAUCACAGGAAAGUCAGCGAGCAAAGAGGAAGGGCUUUGGCUGAUGAAUUGAAGUUACCGUAUAUAGAAACGUCGGCCAAAGACCCUCCAGUCAAUGUAGAUUCUGCGUUCCACGAACUGGUCAGGAUUAUGAAAAGCUUCCCGAGUGAUGAAGACAGUACGGAGGUGAGUUGCACCCAAAAUUAUUUAAAUUAAUGUAUUCAGAAGACCGAGGUACCCGGGAAUGCAAAUACCAAACAAAAAGGACGCAAGACCAAGGACAAGAAGUGUUCGGUAAUGUAA